AUGAUGCGCCCCAACUUCUUAGUCAUUGUUGCCGACGACUUGGGCUUCAGUGACUGUAGCUGCUUCGGUUCCGAGAUCCAAACUCCCAAUAUUGAUGCACUUUCUCGGGAACAGAAUGCCCUUCGCUUCACAAACUUCCAUGUGGCGGCAGCGUGCUCGCCAACUCGAUCGAUGCUGAUGACCGGGACUGAUCACCACAUCGCAGGCCUGGGAGAGUUGGCCGAGUUUACUCGUAGCUCUGUUGCACACCAGGGUCAGCCUGGUCAUGAAGGAUACUUGAAUGAGCGCGUUGUGGCUCUUCCAGAGCUCCUGAAAGACGGUGGCUACCACACGAUGAUGGCCGGAAAGUGGCAUCUGGGCUUGAAACCUCAGCACUAUCCUAUCCGUCGCGGCUUCAACAAGUCUUUUGCCCUUCUGCCUGGCUGUGCCAACCACUAUGGCUACGAGCCCCAGUACGAGGAACAGGACCACGCAGACCGUUUCUUCGAAACGGCCACUCGAGCUUUGCAUGUCGAGGACAGCCAGAUUGCUCAACUCCCGAAAGACUUUUAUUCUUCGGAUGCUUAUGCAUCCAAGCUGAUCGAGUACCUCUCCGGCCGAGACGAUGGUGAAGCCAAGAAGCCAUUCUUCGCCUAUCUUCCGUUUUCCGCGCCACACUGGCCACUGCAGGCUCCGAAAGAUGUGGCAGACAAAUACAAAGGCAUGUACCAACAUGGACCGCAAGUUCUGAAAUCCGAACGUAUCGAGCGUCUCAAGAAGCUUGGUCUCGUUGACAAGGACGUCGUUUCGCACCCGAUCGUGCGCGUCGGCGAGCAGGAGUCUCAACAGUGGGAAGACUUGCCCCAAGACACAAGAGACAGCUCUGCCAGGGCAAUGGAGGUAUAUGCAGGCAUGGUAGAUCGGAUGGAUUGGAAUAUUGGUCGCGUUGUUGAACAUCUUCGCAAGACGGGCGAAUAUGACAACACCAUGAUCCUGUUCAUGUCGGAUAACGGAGCUGAAGGAGCUUCGUAUGAAGCACAACCAAUCAUGGGAGAUAAGGUGGCGGCCCACAUUGCCAAGUACUACAACAAUUCUCUAGAGAACAUUGGUCGAGGUGACUCGUUUGUGUGGUAUGGUGCACUUUGGGCACAAGCUGCGACUGCACCAUCGAGGCUGUUCAAGAUGCACUCAACAGAAGGUGGGUGCCGGGUGCCACUUGUUGUCAAACCUCCCAAGGGCACAGCGACUUCGACUGCGCGUAUUACCAAGGCAUACUGCACCGUCAUGGACAUCGUACCAACCUUUUUGGAGAUGGCUGGUCUGAGGCACCCAGGGACACAUUACAAGGGCCGAGAGAUUGCCAAACUGCGAGGAAAAAGCUGGCAGCCAUAUUUGCAAUCUAUCCAGAUGGCAGAAGGUGAGAAGAGGCGCUGCACAGAUGAGGAGUUUGAUAUCCACGACGACACAUAUGUGACGGGAUUCGAGAUUGCCGGCUCAGGGGCUUUGAGACAGGGCCACUGGAAGCUGGUGUUUGUGCCUGCACCGCGAGGACCGCAGGAGUGGGAGCUGUUCCACAUGAAGUAUGACCCUGGUGAGACCAGAAACCUUCGUUACGCGGAGCCGGCCAAGUUUGCCGAGCUGAUGCGUCUGUGGGAAGAGUACAAGGCGGAGGUGGGAUCCGUCGGCGUGGCGGGCGAGUUUCCCGAGGCAGUGCAAGGCCAGCGUGCGUCUCUCAAUGACGAAUUUGCUGACCCGUACAGCUGGAUCAAGUUUAUCGGUCGACCGAAUCUUGUGCCAGGACAUUUGGAACACAUCCGUCCAGCAAUGGACCCGACGGCUUUGAGCGAGGUAAUGAUCUAG